CUGGCUCAUCAAUUUUGGAUAUCAUAUCAUCCUCCGUCAGGAGCAAAACAUACCUCCGGCGGGGAUGAAACUCCACCGAUUCCUGAAGAAGAACUGGAACAACAGAAAAUUGAACAUGAGCGUCAAAUGCAGAAGGAAAAAGAAUGUCAAGCCAGAGAAGCGGAGGAGGUUCGGAAAUUGGAUAUAAAACUGCUGCACCAACGGGCUAUAGAAAAAGAGGAGGAACACAAAAGAGAGAUAGCAGAAGCAGUUGAAGAGCUCCGCGGUCUAAACACUUCUUGGUCACAUCACAGACUAUGCGAUCUACAAAGACAAGCCGCGAGGUGGCGUCACAGUCGACCGUCGAUACCUGAUACCAAACACUACAGAAAUGCAUUAAAGAAAGCCUGCAGCGCCCAAUUAACAAAGCCGCAAUCUAGUCAGAGCAUUAGUGACAAUGAGGGUAUUUCUAUCAACCUUUCAAGACUAAGCUCUUGUAGAGGCGAAUCUAUUGAUAGUGAUGGUUGCUGUGAAACACCUUACUGUGUAAGUGUAGAAGAAUCGCGAACUUGGAGAGCCUCUGCUAAUGAUGUUACUCCUAUUGAGAAGAGAGAACUUGUGAAAACAACAUCGUGUAUAGGAUGCCGCGCUCCUAUCGCUUCUCUUGAUUGUAUGGAUGAAUUCAGCGCAAAUUCACAGCAAAUGCUGGACCAAGCUGGAGAAAUGCAUGUUUCCAAAAAUAUGUCAGUUUAUAUGGGCAAUCAUGCUAGCAUGCCAUCUUCUGUGACUCCAGGGCUACGGUACAAAAAUUUGGGAAAGUCUGGACUUCGAGUACCAAAUAUAGGGCUUGGUCUGUGGACAAUGUUGAAUGAGGAUUGCGCUGAAGAUAUAAUCAUGACUGCUUUAGAGAACGGCAUUAAUUUGUUUGACUUGUCAGAAGCACAUUGUGCUAGAGGAGAAGUAGAAUUGGGACGAAUUUUAAAGAAGAGGAAUGUUAGACGAACAAGCGUCAUAAUAACCACCAAAAUAUAUUGGAGUACUAAGUUUCCUCAUGCUAACAGGUCCGAUGAAAGAGGUUUAUCUAGAAAACAUAUUGUCGAGAGCAUUAAGGCAUCUUUACAAAGACUUCAAAUAGAUUACAUUGACGUUGUUCUGCUUCACAAAACUGAUCCGGUUUGCCCUAUGGAAGAAUUGGUACGUGCUAUGAAUUUUGUAAUAAACCAAGGAUGGGUUAUGUACUGGGGAACAGCUCGUUGGUCUCCUUCUGAGAUCAUGGAUGCGUACACAAAUUGUAGACAGUUCAACUGUGUAACGCCUAUUGUCGAACAGACCGAAUAUCAUAUGUUCUGUAGAGAGAAAGCAGAACUUUAUAUGCCUGAGUUAUAUCACAAAAUCGGCGUAGGGAUGAUAGCUUGGUCCGCGAUAACCACUGGCAAGGGACUUGGUCGCGAGGAAAUAACGGGUCUAUUUGCAAAAUCCCGUUUCAAUAGAAAAUAUAGUACAUUCAGUUGGUGUGAAGAGGACCUUGCAGUACCUGAUGUCAGCGAGAUGCGGAUUUCAGGCAGCAAAGAACAAGUUGCAGGAGAAGAACCACGCACUUAUGGCGAUAAACUUCGCGACCUUGCUAAUUUAGCAAAUACAAUGAAUUGCUCCAUGAGUCAAUUAGCAGUUGCGUGGUGUCUUAAGAAUGAAUCCGUUAAUUGUUUGUUACUGGGUGCUUUUAGUGUGGAGCAAUUUAAAGAAAAUAUUCACGCGUUGCAGAUCGUUCCUCAGCUAACUCCAUCUGUAAUGGUGGAAAUCGAGCGACUUUUGUCCAAUAAGCCACAACGUCCUCCUAUGGUAUCAACGCUUGCAAUGCGUAAUCAACAGAACAGUAAUACUGUCAGAAUCGAUAUGACUGGAGCUUCUACUUCUGGAGCUGGUACCCCCAAGCCUGAAGGAGAGGCUGCUGAAGCCGAGGCGUCUUCUCCCACCAAAGAGUCGGGGCGUGGCUUUUGUGAGAUUCAGUGA